UUGCCAAGAUGCAUUUCUAUGUUGUGAUUCUAGUUCUUCUAGUUCUUCAGGUACUGUUUGCAGUAUCAUCCUCUGCAGACGGAAAUACCACUGCCAAGGACGAUGUAUGUUCGUGUAAAGGGCGGCAUGGUUACCACAUUCGAUUCUGGAUGAUCAAAUGUAAAGGCAGAAAACGAUGUCAAUUUGGAUGUUUCCCUGGUGAUGCCCAGCUUGAACUUGACAACGGCAGGUUGAUUAAGAUGGAGGAUCUGAGACCUGGUCACAUGGUUUUAACAGUACAAGACGGUCAGCGCACCUUUUCUGAAGUGAGAACGUUCUUCAAACGUCAACCCAAGAACAAUGGCACAUAUCGGACACUGACAACAGAGCAAGGAAAUCAAGUGACAAUGACAGACAACCACAUUAUCUUUGUUUCAAGCAACAACAAGUCUACCAGCAUGGAGGCUAGAUUUGCGAUUUCUGUGAAACCAGGUGAUUAUUUGUUCACGACAAAAGGGUGCCAACAUGGUCUUUGUCCUGAGCAAGUAGUUCAAGUCUCAAUUGGCGUGAAUUUAGGUGUGUACGUUCCACUCACGGACUCGGGAACGCUUGUAGUGGACGGAAUGUUGGCGUCAUGUUACUCAUUCACCAAUCACGACGUCGAACACUUCUUCACGGCACCUUUCAGGUGGUUUCCUUGGUUGCUGGAACCAUGGCUACAAGAUGGCCACAGUCCAAUUAUGUCUAGUCUGGAAUAUUUAGGAGAAAUGUUUCUGCCUGAAACGAUGAAGAUGCUCGACUAGAUAUUUUCAAUCUGUAUAUCCCAAUAAAUCGCAGUGGUUGAUCGAGCUGGAAUUUAAACACCCAGUUGUUUAAACGUUAGCUAGUUUAACUAGUAAUUAGGGGUCGUCCAUAUAGUACGUACGCAAAGAACUAAAUAUUAUGUUACCCUCCUCCCCGCCCAUGUACGCAUGACAUACGCAGUGUGCCAGGACCCCCUGCCCCACUUCUCAUACGCAUCCAAUAGCAAUGAAAUUGUGAACAUACUCGUAUUUAAACCACCUCACAAUUAUAAUUAGAUUAUGACCUCACCCCUCACAAAUCCCAUAUUAUAAAGGAUUGAUAGAACUUGGUUUAAUGAUCCAUUAAAUGAUUCAUUGGAUAUUGUUUAGUUAACAUAAUUGGAUACUACCCCAGUUUUCUGUUAGCAGCCCAUAAAUAAUAUUAUGCCUAUAUUAAAUAUUAAAUGUGGUUACACUGAGUUGAAUUAAGAAAAUCGAAAGACAUUACAUUUUUAGGUUUCCAAGCCAAGGUUGCGGAACCUAUUGUUUUUGCUGGGAUAUUUUUUUAAGCCGUCUGUUUUGUUAUUUUUUAAAAAACGUUCUGGGCCGAUAUACUUGAAAUUUGAUGGGUUGUUUGGUGCAUCGAGGGGAUUGGUCGUAUUAAAACAUUGUGUGUAUUGGUUAUGUGUAUUGGCCUCUAUCGAGAAUUAUAUAACAUUAUUUAGCAAAACAAAUCUCCAGACGUCUGUUUUGUAAUUUUGUAACAUUCUAGGCCUAUAUAGCUGAAAUGUGGUAGAUAAAUAGGCCCACCAGGGGAUUGAUUGUAUUAAAAAUGGUGUUUAUAGAUUACGUGUAUUGUCCUCGAUCGCAAAUUUCGUAUUGUAUGUCACUUUCUACGAAAGUUACACGUAUAAACUCUUGAAAUUCUAAAUUCCAUUCCUACUGCCUAUCUACAUAAAAGUUUCAAAAUACUGAAUUAAUCCGCUGCUUCCUUCCGGGGGAAUUGGGAUUUCUAAUACUAAGUCCGGCCGUUUUCGGGCCGUUUUUUUUUUUUUUAAAACACGAAAAUAAGUGUAAGUCUAAAAGUUUCGAAGUUACACCAAUUUUAUUUUUACUGUUGUAAUCUACUCCUCGGAGCGUAAUAAACUAUCGAUUUACAUUGCUUUUAUUUUUGAAAUUUUUCACAUAUAUUUUGCAAAUGAAAAUUUCACAUGUUUGCGCAGAUUGUAUCUUUAAAUAUUUUACGUAAUAGGUGACGGUUUGUGCGUGUAUGUGGGUUUUGGGGUGUGUGUGUGGGGUAAUUAUUGCUAUAAUUAAAUAAUGUAUAAAUAUGUCUGAGUAAGGUACAGCUAUUAUAGCUUGGGAAUCCGUCAUUACCGCUUGCGGUUAUAUUGUUUAAUUAUUAUUAUUAAUUUUUUAAAUUAUUAUUAAUGAAGUUUGGCAUGUGUUGAUUUAGUACAUGAAAUGUGAUACGCAAAAUAAAACUACUAAAGUUA